AUGCCCUAUGCUGAGAUCACCAUAAAUUUGGGCAAAGUGACUUUGGGAGAAGAGAACAGGAAGAAAAUGACCAAUAAUUGUUUGAAAAGACACGAGAACUCGAGUGUCGUCCAGGCUGUCUGUGCACUGCUGAAUUCUGGAGGAGGCGUGAUCAAAGCAGAUAUCAAUGACGAAAACUAUAGUUACCGGUGCCACGGGCUGGGACAGGAUCUGGAAACUUCCUUUCAAAAGCUCCUUCCGUCAGGUUCACAGAAACACCUUGACUAUAUGCAACAGAACCACCACUUCCUGAUUUUUGUAAAGUCGUGGAGCCCAGAUGCCUCCAGCCUUCCGCUGAAGAUUUGUAGCUUACGUUCCAACUUAUACCAGAGAGAUGUGACCUCUGCCAUCAACCUGAGUGCCAGCAGUGCCCUGGAGCUUCUCAAAGAGAAAGAGUCUAGAGCCCAAAGAGGUGUCCCCAGGCUGCAGUCUCAGAAAUGCACCUUUAACAGAUCCAUCCAGGAAGAAGAAGAUAUUAAGGUGUGUGCCUCAGAAUUUUUUAAAAAAGAUAAACUCAAUUAUAAGGAGAGGCUUAACUUCACAGAGUCAACACACGUGGAGUUUAAAAGGUUCACCACCAAAAAGAUUGUCCCUCGGAUUAAAGAGACGCUGGCUCAUUACGUCUCUGCGUUUGCCAACACUCAAGGGGGAUAUGUAAUUAUCGGGGUUGAUGAUAAGAGCAAAGAAGUGUUUGGAUGUAAGAAAGAAAAAAUGAACCCGGAAUUACUAAAAAUAGAAAUAAAAAACUGCAUAGAAAAGUUGCCCACAUACCACUUCUGUCGUGAAAAGCCCAAGGUGAAAUUCACAGCCAAAAUUUUGAAGGUUUACCAAAAAGAGGCCCUGUAUGGUUAUGUCUGUGUGGUUCAAGUAGAGCCCUUCUGCUGUGUCGUGUUUGCUGAGGACCCAGACUCCUGGAUCGUGAAGGACAAUGUUGUCAAAAGACUGGCGGCUCAACAGUGGGUGAACAUGAUGCUGGGUAUUCAGCCAGAUCCUUCCAGUUUGCCCACCACUGAUCCCAGUGCUCACCCGAUCUCAUCAGCUUCGUCUGCACCAAGAAGGCCAGCACAUCUCAGCGAAGUCCUGGAAUGUAAGGAGACUCUGCAGCGCCGUUUGUUUCCAGUGACAGAGGCAAACCUACAGUUUCAGCCAGAAUCCCUCUGUAAGAAGCUGUUCUCAGAUCAUCACGGACUGGAGGACUUACUGAAGGCACAGACGCAUCCUUGUUCUCACGGGACUGUGAUAGUUUCUAGAAGCUGGGCUGGUGAUAUUGGUUUAACGAAAGAGCGGAAGGUCCUGUGCGAUGCUCUCCUGGUAGCAGUCAACAGCCCGCUGGUACUCUACACAAUCUUAACAGACCCGAGUUGGAACGGAGGAUCUGACUAUGUGCACAACACCGCCCUUCAGUUAAAGCAGCAGCUACAAACUCUUGGUGGCUACUCUGGGAAAGUGUGCGUCAUUCCAAGGCAGAUAUGCCUGAGCAGCAGAGGGCUCAGACCUGAUCCGUCCCUUGUGUGCUACCCCCGAUCCUACACACUGUCUAGUCAGACAGAAGUGGAAGAUGUGCUGCAAGCCCUUGUGGUCCCACUGUGCUCCAGGUCCCUGCUGAGUCAUCAGCUGGGCUGUGAGUUUUUCAAACAUCGGAUAGAAGAGCAAUGCCACUCACUUUCCAAGAGCCUCCGGGAAACCCCAGAGCUGUUCAUCCAUUGCUUUCCAGGAGCCAGGAAGACACCUCUAGCCAUAAAGAUCACGGAGAAAAUCAAGGAUGUGUUCCACUGCAAACCAAAGGAGAUCCUCUAUGUUUGUGAGAAUGACUCCCUCAGGGAGUUUGUGAUCCAACAAGUCGCUUGCCAAGUUGUGACCCAGAGGACCUUCAUGAGAGAAAAGUUCCCAAAGAUUAAACACAUAGUGGUGGAUGAGCCUGAGGAUGUCUGUAGGAGACACGGUGACUGGUACGAGAAGGCUAAGAGCAUCACCCAUCCGAGAGCGAAGGGGGCUGCAAGCGAAAGCCUUCACCACGGGAUCCUCUGGCUUUUUCUGGAUCCUUUCCAAACCCACCCUGCAGAUGUUAGUGGCCUUCCUGCUCCUUCUGUUCAGUUUCCUCGGAAAGUGAUCACUGAGAUUCACUGUGCUGUGGAAAUAGCAAACAUCAUAAAAGAAGAAAUGAAGAGGAUCCGAGAAAAUCCUCCCUCCAAUGCAUCUCCAGACAUGCUGGCCAUGCUCCAGGAGGCUCCCUACGAGGAGGCGAUGUGUGCCCAGGCUCUGCCUGGUGUGUGUGAGAUCAAGGCUAACCUGACACUAGAAGAGAUGGCUGACUAUGUGGCAGAGAAAUGUCACAGCCUGUUCCACGAUGGCUAUCUGCCCAAGGAUGUUGCAGUUCUGUUCAGGAGCUGGAAAGACAGAGAACGGUAUAAGGAUGCGUUGUGCACAGCGAUGGCCCAGGGAGCAACGGAGGUUGCCUUCUGCAGCGCUGCUGACGUUUGUAGCGAUGGCAUUGUUUUAGACAGUGUUCAGCAGUUUUCAGGCAUGGUAAGGAAGAUUGUGUUUGGGCUUAGUCCCAAAGGCGCGCAGUCAGAGGGGGCCCAUAAGCUCUGCUUUGCCUCGAAAGCCAUUACCCAUCUCUACCUGCUGUACGAAGGAGGACAGCAUCCUGGUGACUACUGUAAUAAACACAGGAAGCCGAACAAGAGCAAUCUCUCCUCCCAGAUGGGAGAUGGGUGGUAA